AUGAGUAACUGCGUCACGAGCAGCAAGAGAUCAGGAGUGCGUACUCUAGGCCCUACCAGGGCCUGUUGGCCGCUGGAGCACCGGUACCGUUGCUACUCUCCUGACCAACACAACUCUAGGCCUCCCCGGCUGGAGCCAUCAUCACCGCCACGAGAGCGCCAUCACUCCCGGUCCUCCCUGAGUCGGCCAGGCUACUCCCCUGAGAGACACUACUCCAGGACCUCCCGGCCUGAGUGUUCACCACCUCCACAGGACCAUUGGGACCCCCACUACGUACCGAGGUGCCCCAGCUAUUUAAUAGAUCUUUGUCGCUCCAGGCAGAGCAGCCUAGCUCCCAAGCAUAUGACCUCCAGAGUGCACAGUCCACGACAACAAGGUCUGUACCCUCCUCAGCCAGCUCCUCGACUAGCCAGAGUUAAGGAGACUCCCGCUCCAGUUGUGGAGCCACAGUCAGCCGCUGACAUGGGACCUGUUCUGGUUGCCAUUGCGGAGUUGUCCUCUCCUCCCAGUGGGGCAGACGCUCAGGUGCCCGAGGUUCAACUGUCUGCUACCCUGGAACCUUCAGCUGCAAAGACUCCACCUGCUCUCCCUCAGAAGACGCUCACUGCUCCUGGCCCAGAGCCCAAGCCCGCAGUGAAUUUGUCGCCCUCUCCUUGGAUGAAGCCACAGCCAGCAGCUAUUGCAGAGGUCAAGUACAGCCCAGACGUUGGGGCUUCUCCAGUCACAGACUGGUGGCACCUGCCGGUUCCAGGCCUGGUGUCCCUGCUGGUCCCUACUGCUAGCACAGUGAUAGUUCCGGCUCGAGGGUCCUGCUACCUCCAGACCUCACCUCAGGGGACCUGCCAGACAUCACCUCGGGUCACCCACCCGAAGUCACCCCUGAUGUCCAGUUCCUUUCCUUCCCGGUAG